AUGAAUUGGUACAUUGGACCAGUCGAGGCUUGUAGACGAAUUGUGCCAUAUUGGGUGAGAAAUGCAAGAAUAAUCGACGAGUAUCUCAUCGAAUGUGAUUAUGCUGUUCAUGGAGACGUCGGAAAGUUUUCUGAAAUAUAUUUCGAAGAAUACGCACAACCGAAUAAUCAAGUGUAUCCGACAUUUGGAAAAUAUGGAAAUUCAUACCAACCAAAUGAAGCAAGCACGAAAGAUGAAGACAGGAUAUGCAGCAAAUUUAUGGGUUCUUUUUCUGAUUUCGGACAGCAUCAGCUUAUUAGAUUCAACGAGGAUCAUUCUUUGAAACUCUCAAUUCCUCCGAGUUAUUUCUCGCAGACCAGAUAUGUUCAUACCGGAAUCAAAGAUGCCACCAAUUCAACAAGAUCGUGUGAUGAAUUCGAGAAGGAAGAGAUCUGUAAUACAAGAAGGAACUUGACAGCAUCAAAGAUAAUGAUAGCGAAUGAAAGUAAUUGGCAAUUAACAUCAGCUCCUUUGGGUCAACGAUCUCCAAUGUAUUGCCAGUCAGGGUACUACAGUUUCGAUGGAAACGGCUAUUGUCGGAGUGAUUUCACUCCGUUUAUCAAAGGAACUUAUAUGACAUGCCAUAAGGCUGUUAACAUGUGGAGAAAUUAUUUUGCCGCGAACGAAAUUUGCGAAAUCGACAUAGGACAAAAUACAUCGAUAGCCAAAGACGGCUGGAAUUACCGUCUUGGUGUCAGAUACUACUACGAGUCCAAGGCUUUUUAUCGGGAUUCCGGUACUGGUCACCGGGAAACAAUUUUCGACUUCUAUUGGUCGUUUUGGGAUAGGACCUAUUCGCCUGCACCACCAGGGCGAAUCAUAGUCCUUACGAAAAACAAGCUUCUCGUGUUAGCAGAAUGCGUUCUUGGCGGAUGGUGCGAAGAUAAAGACCUAAAAUGCGUACAGCCCCCAGGAUUCCCUGAGCCGAGCUGCUGCACACAAAACCCCAAAUGCUUAAGCGGAUGGGAAUCUAGCAUAAAAAUUGAUGGUGACACUAUCACAUGCGAUCUUGCGAACACUUCAAUCGAGGACUGUUGUUUUAUUGUUCAUCCAAAGUCGUUGCUCAAUCACCCGUUGUUCGACUAUACAAAAUCGACAGAAGACCAUCCACAAUGCGAAUCGAACAUUGACUGCGGACCCAAAAUGUUCUGCGACUACCUGAUUAACAACGAAACGAGAGCAAUUUCUAAUAGAACUGGAUGUUUCAACAUCACGAAAAGAGCGGACACCGCGACGAAAUUUCUUUUUGAUAUUGGAAUUCGGAUGUGCAAAUCGGACGACGAAUGUGGCGAAUUCGACUGCUUGGAUGUGACUAACGAAACCUAUGGAUUCAGCGGAACACGUGAAUUCUGCCAGAUCAACGUUGAAGCUCCCGCCAAGAAGCCGCUCGUCCCGUGUUCAGAUGAUAUGGAUUGUGUCCAUUUGAUGAAUGGAAUGGUCGGAACCGCCGGACUGAUUCCCAACGCGUAUUGCAAUAAAACAGGAGAUUUCUGUUGUUCCGGAUUGCUGGACGUCUGCUUUGGCGGCAAUCUCGUCCGGCCAUUGCGUAAGUGCGAAGCUGGAACAAUGGCCGGAUUUGAGACCUGCAAUCCGGACAUGGGAAAUGGGGAUCUCCUGGGAUUCUGCACCGACAUCGGAGUCUGCUGUGAAGGCCCUUAUGAAGAGCCUGUGGUUUGCCCGGACGGUGUGCAUCCGCUCUUCAUAGAGCCGGCGUGCCACCGUGGAGAUUCCGGAUACCUGGAGUGCCCACAAAACAUCGACAAUUGCACUUGUGUAAUGGGGUGGCCGUGCCCGUCAAUUGCCGCCAACUCGUUGUUGGUCAAUUUCGGCCGCCCGUUUGUAGGCCAGAUUUCGUGCGAUCCGUCGCGCCCGAUCUGCAAACGGGCGGUCAACGGCGACUGCGAGACUAACGAAGUGUGCGUCUAUUAUCUCGAAGAAGGUCAAUGCGCGGCUUUCCCCAAUCCGAAUUUCCUGGAAAAUGAGAACGAAGAAGAUGACGGUUGGGCCGAAUGGGCGGUGGAUUUGUACCGGCAAACCGCGUAUGGAAUAGCCAUGUAUUUUGUCCUAUGCGUCUUUCGCACCAUGCUCUAG